GCCCUUUAAAAUGGAUUUCAGCUCUCCUUUUACUCUGCAGUGCUUGCUGGUGGUCGUAACUGUUACACAUGGCGCUGUCGUCCGGACUGGUGUGCUCAGCGGUGGGUCAGCAGUCUUUUCUGUGGGAAUUCAAAGUCUGCAGAACCUCUCCAGAAUGAGCAAGGGGGACAAGAGAUGCUUGACAGCUGUCUUAAAUGAGACCUUGUUGGCAGAGUGUGGCACUUCUGCCAGCAGGUGUCUGAACUUGCAGAAUGGCUCCCUAGUGCUGAGGAGUGUGGAGAAAGAGGACGAAGGAAAUUAUGAGUUUGUUUUUCAGGACAUCACCAGAUCUUUUAAGCUGGAAGUAUUUGAGCCAUCCAUCGAUAUCCAGUGCUUCCCCAACGGGACCGGGGAGCUGUACUGCGACGUGAGCAGCAGCCAGAGCACCAGCUUCCGCUGGCUGCUGAACGGCACCGCGCUGAGCGCCCCUGAGGCUUGCGUUAAGGACGGGGGCAAGAGGGUUCGCCUGGACAGGACUGUGCCUGGGGAGUUCGUGUGUGAGGUCCACCACGGGAGCAGCAUCACGAGGACCAGGCCUGUUGUGCUGUCCUGCAGCUAUGGAGACCUGCUGCAGUACCCAUGGUUCAUUUACAUCCUGGCAGGCUGUGCUGGGGGUGUGGUUAUCCUGGUGGUGAUUGUGUCCUCAGUCAUAUGUUGCUGCAUAAAAAGGAAACACAAGUUCAUUCCAGUGCCUUCAGAGGAGGAGAAAGAUGAUGGACUAACAAUGUCCAUGAUCUCCAGCGAAGGUAUGAAGAGUCCCCCCAAUGGAGACCAUGUCGAGCCUCAACCUGCCCAAACUGACUGCCCUUCAAAGCCUGAUACUGCCCAAACUGGUCAAGGCACUGAGCCCCAGCACCUUGUGGAAGAAAAUUUACCAGUGGAGAGAGAGCCUGAGGAAAUACCAGACCCAGAGGUCAUAGUUGAUGUGGAAAGCCAGGAAAAGGCCUCAGACUGUUUCCCAGAUCCAAGUGACAACUGAUCUGGCAUGCUUGCUGUUCCACCCUGUCUUGAAGCCUAUGGCACCUGUCCUUUGCAUCCCAUAGUCUCACUGUCUAUAAGAAUUGGUUUGGAGAAUUUUAGCAGGGGAAACUGAUGAGGUGUCAGGCCUGCUAACCUCAUUUAAAAGGCAAAAAGAAAAUACAAGGAAAAGCACACACAUGGCUUCAAUUCCAUGCUGCUGUGGGCUGACAUGUUCACUAACAAACAAAACUGGGCAGCUCUUUGGUGCUUUGUCUGUUAAGAGACCUGCAGUUAACCUGUGGAGGCCUGGAGGGCAGCUGAAAUGAGACAGGCAGUUCCUCCUGCUCCCUGCCCACCCCAUGCCUCGCCAUGUC